UGACUUCAUGCCUUUGUCUUCUUCCUUCCAUUGUUCAAAUCCCGGACUGUAGAAAGGCAAAUAUUUCCAGAAGAGAAGAGAAGAAAUGAAGGCAGCUGGGCUCAUCUCCUUCACCGCAACUACUAUCGCUAUUCCCCACUCCUCGCAUUCGCCAUCAUCUAAUUCACUCUCCCCUCAUCACUUCUCCAGGCUUUUUAAGGCUUCUAAUGUUCUGCCUCUGAAGUCAUACACCAAUUACUGGAUUUGUGCACCCUAUGUUUUCAAGGAGAGAGGUGCGUUGAUUGCUAAUGCAGGUUAUGAUGCUGAUGGCAUGGACACUGACAAUCCCGAGCCUCCCUCAGAAGGCGAAGAGGAAAGUUUGCCCUUUGAGAACGAUACAUUGGAGCCCAAGCUUCAGCUGAAGCUUGAGCAAAAGAUGAGGAUGAGGGUGGCAAAGAAAAUUAGACUGAGAAGGAAGAAGCUCGAUAGGAAGCGCCGCUUAAGGAAGAAGGGGAGAUGGCCUCCUUCAAAGUUGAAGAAGAACAAGAAUGUGUAGCUUGUUACAACAUUUCAUGCCUGAAUGUUUAACUUCCUUGUACCCCUUGUGAUCUUAAAAUCUUUUCUUGAGCCUAUUGUAUAUUCAAAAGCUAGGGAACUUCUUAACAAUUUCUUCUUGAUGUACUGAUGCUCUAAACUCUUCCUAGAGUUUAUGCUUGGAAUAUUAGAAUAUAGCUAGUAAUUCACCUGUGCAAUACAAAGAAUAAAUUUCCAUCA